GCAGAAGGUGAGUAAAUAAAUCGCGCUGUGCAAGACGUGCAAAGUUAAUCUUGAACGAAAUACCCAGUUAACUAUGUUGGAUGUUAUUUUGUACGCAGUCGGCACCGUACUUCUGGUAUGCGUAGCUUUUGUGUUUAUCUUUGCGGUAUUUCUAGCGAACAAGAGGCGGCAGUUUUCGCAUAUACCUAGCCCUCCUAUAGGAAGGUAAACAAGCUUUCAAUAUUUAAUCUUAAAUGUAUUACGUUUGGUUUAUGAUUGCAUAACUUGCAGACAUCUCGAACCUCUAAUACUUUAGUGUAUUCUGUACCCCUUUUAAAGAAGGGAAUUGCAAAGGUCGUUACGGGGCUUUAACUUUUAUGUGGGUGGUCAGGACUCAGCGAGAGCGAUCAUUGUCAAAAGGUGAUUUUUUACGUACAAGUGUGCCAAUAUACAGGUCACGCGAUUGUGCAGCGUAGCCAGAGGACGUUUGGCUUCAAGAAAGGAAUAUCUGCCACUACAUUGCUGCUAUACUGACUACCUAACUUCGAGUUUAAAAAAAAGGUGGCCGGGGAAGUAACCAUCGUGGGCAUUGUUAUUCGUGAACAACGACAAUGGCACAAGUUAACAACAGAAUUAUUUCCGGAAUGUAACGAUGUGUUAUGUCACGAUCAACCUGGCGGGGAGUUGGUGGGGGAACUGUCCGACACAGUGUUUGAUGCAGACUGGAAGUUAAACAAAGUUGGUUCAGUGAUGUGAAAUGCUCUGAAAACUAUCCCUGUCCCUAGACUUAAACAUUUCUUCAGUACCUUGGGAAAGUUUACCGUGCUUACUAUAUAGCCGGAGACCAGAGGCAAUUAUUUCUUUUUUGGCACCAAAAGGGGGCGAGGCAAUUGUUUGAGGGAGGCGAUUAUUUCAAAUAUUGCUCACUAGAAGUCGUGCUCCUAAACAUUUUGUUCUAUUUUCCUAUUUUGAUAAAAAAAAAUCACGUCAAAUAAACUGAACAUAAAUAGCAUUUAAAGUGUUUCAAAUUUGGUUCCUUGAUUAAUUUUCACUGUCAAUGUCUUCGGUGUCAGAGCUUGAAUCAUCACUGAUCAGUUUUGCUGAAUCAAUCCUCCAUUUUUUUAACACUAUGGGUUAUGAUCCCUAGCAGGUAAGCGAUUAUUUGAGGGAGGCGAUUAAUCGAAGGACGGCUAUUUAAAUUAUUCAAGAAAAGUGCAAGAGCAACCUUUUUUGGCCUAAUAGAGACCUUUUGAAAAAAUAUACUUUUUUUUGCCACUGAUUAUCACCAGUGCUGUUGUCAGUCAUCAAUGACACAACGCAAACAUGACUCUAGUAUAAAAGAAACAUGGAGAUGCUUAAAAUAAUUUUUAAAAAAGAUUAAAAAUUCCUAAGCGAGAAAACAUGCAUUUUGCAUUUUUCUUUUGUAUGGAAGCCUCACUUCAAUAUCCCUGCCUGGGACAUGUUAAUGCUACAUUAUUCAAAAGGUGGUGACCAUGAUUUAUUUCUGCCAGUUGUGGAAUUGCAUCAUUGUUCCACUUAUUAAUUAAUGGCUAUGCAUUGUACAAGGAAACUUAGCUAGUACACUUUACUGCCUUGUAGCCCAUCUCCCUAGCUGGGUGUUGUAUCUGACAUCCCUUUGCUUUAUUAUAGAUAUAAGCCUUAACUCGUUGAAAAAUUGAAGUUUUGUUUCUGAAAGUUUCUUCAAGGGCCAUGCAGAUGAAAUUACUGAAAUGCGUCAUAAGGGUUUUCCCACGGAUCACAAGUUUUUAGAAUGGUAAGUUGUCCUUUAAAUUGGCUUUUGUUUUAAAAUUUGUCUUUCCUAAUUUACUGAUAUAAUCUACGUAGCUAUUCACUCACGUAAGUGACCACAUGGUAUUGAAGCAGUAGAGGGUGGUCACUUACAAGAGCGUCAGAAACUCAUUAAUAAUUCAGGCUAAGUGGUCACUACGGAAAUGAUAUUGGACUUUUACAAAUACAAUACUGCACUGUAUAAGAUCAUUAUCAACAAACCAUUAUUAGUGCAUGUGUGCAGUUUCAUUAUAGAAUUGAUUUAUAUGAGUAAGUCUAAGACUCUGAGUGGUCCUAGUGGUUGCUUAAGAGAGCUUAAUAGAUAGAAACAAUUAAGUAAAAGUCUAGUUUGGUAAUCCAGAAAGCAGUCGUGAUUGCUUACAGGAGCAGUCGCUUACGAGAGCUUUUCAUUACCAAGUUUAAGUCACAAUUCAAACUGGGUUUCUCUUAAGGUGGUUUUAACUAGAACUGGUUGUUUACGAGAGUGGUCACAAGGAGUCAAGCUUUAACUGUAUUGUGGAAGACCUUCCAUCCAUCUUGUUUUAAUCCCUUUUCUCUAAUUCCCUUGCGUGCUUCUCAUUUACUUAAUUUUCUCCAAUAGCUGGCUAUUUUCUGAUAAAUUAAGUCUGAAAAAAGCUCGAAAAACUCAGUUUGCUCUUUUGGUGGUAUAAAUAUGAAACAAACACAGGAAAAAAUAACGGAUUCCCAUUUUUGGAUAUUUUUGGGUAUUUAAAGAAUACCCAUAAAAAUCCCAAAUUUGGCAAAGUGAGACAAGUCCCAACCAGGGAAUUCCCAACCAAGUUCCCAGAUUGGGACUUGUCUCACUCUUCCAAAUUUGGGAUUUUUGUGGUUAUUCUUUAAAUACCCAAAAAUAUCCAAAAAUGGGAAUCCGUUAUUUUUUCCUGUGAAAUAGCCAAUAGUUACUGGUAGUAUUAACGGUGAAAUAUCACUGCACACUCAAUGUUUGAUUGUGCAAUAUGAAAUUCAAAGUGAACAAAGCUGAUCAUGCAGUGUCCUAAAACACUGAUUCCUCAACUUGGGUUAAGAAUUGAACUUGAUAAUGCCCGAGCUCUCUAUUGAGCAUAAAAAGGUUUUUCCUGUUGAAGUCAUUCCUCAAGCGAGAUCAUUUUCAAAAACUUUUCCAAGAGGAGCCCCACCUGAUGACUGUCCCUCUCUCAAUAGCAACUUAAAUAUAUACCUUAAAAUUUGAAAAGGUCUUCCUUCUCAAUCUUAUUCGGUUAAUUAUAUGUGACUAAUUGAGAGACAUAUGAACUUCUGCAUCAUCAUUCACAACUUUUUUAAGUACAUUUUAUUAUUAUUAUUAUCAUUAUUAUUAUCUCUUUUAUCACAGUCAUUGCGGGUGUUCUUUUUGUGCAGCAUUAUUAUUAUUAUUAUUAUCAUUAUUAUUAUUAUUAUUAUUAUUAUUAUUAUUAUUAUUAUUAUUACAGUCGACCCCAGAUAACCCGAACCCCAGAUAACUCGAACCAAAAUCGAUUUCCCCUGGAUUUCCGUCAUACAUUCACUGUAAUUUUACCUUCCAUAACUUGAACCCUCGAUAACUCGAACUCCCGCUACCUGGAACCAAUUUUCGUUUCCCCUCAGGUCGAUCAUUUUCUAUAUAGAGGGUCGUGAAGGGGGGUACCAAAUCCCAGUUCCCAGCCUAAAUUUGGCCCAAAUCCCAGUUCCCAGGCUAAUUUUUGCCAAAAUCUCAGUUACCAAAUCUAAAAUCCCAUUACUAAUGAUUAUUUGCAAAAUCAUGCGCAUAAUAAAUUAAAAGCACUGAUUGACGCUAUUUGGAUACACGUACCUUCACCUGGACUGAAGAAAAUCUCUCAUUCUGCUGGUGAACACUCUUUCUCUUCUAGCCAUAUGCAAACUUGCAGAACUUGUCCGCGCUGACCAAGAAAACUGACAGAACGUAACUAUGCAACCGUGUAAGCCUGGUAGCUAGACCAAGGGCACGAAGGCGAAAAAUACUGAUUUCACGGUCUCUACUGAGGAGUGCAAGGUCUAUUGCUACGAAAUUUUAUUUUUCUAUUUCAAAAUAUUGGAGCAAAGACUGCUGAAGAAAAGAAAUCCCAUAUAAUUGUUCAUCCCAUUCCCAGUGGCUAAAUCCCAGUCCCAGUGAGUAAAUCCCAUUUUCCCAGUCCACAAUAAGGCUAAUCCCAGUUCCCAUUUUACCCCUUCACGACCCUCUAUAUAAUUUUACCCUUGAUAACUCGAACCAUGUUUUGAGCCCUUAAAAAGUCGGGAAAAAAGCCGUCUACUGGCGUCCGAAACAUUGAAUUUUCGACUUACUUCCUAUUGACGUGUUGUAGGAGUAUAGUUUACUAGUGGAGGCUGAUAUUGAUUGUCACAGGCUAACGUGAAGCAUGAGCUUUACUUCUCAAAACAGUAAAUGCAUGCUCUAUUUAGGCUAUGGUUUGUUACGUUACGUUCUGAUUUAUAAUCUAGAAGUAUCUUUUAAUUUUCACUUGACAUUUCUAAAAUUAAAUGUGAUUUAUAAAAUGUUCACUGUGCAGUAAAAACUGUUUUUUACCUUACUCUCGGCUAUUUUUUUCGAGCUCCCGAUAACUCGAACUCCCGAUAACUCGAACUUUUUUCGAUUUUCCUGGAAGGUUUGAGUUAUCGGGAGUCGACUGUAUUAUUAUUUAAUAUUCUCAUGGAAGUAUAGUCUUUAUCUUAUUAAAUGCCUUGGAGGAAACUUAACCUGGUUGAAUUCUGAUGCCAAUUAACUAUUGCCAGUACUUGGAUGCUGAAUUGUUACUCUCAGUCCUAGUGAAAGAUAUAAUGUUUAUUCAAGUGUGGAAUAAGGGGAUAACUCAAUCAGCUAUAGGCUGAACAGCCAAUUUAAACUCACUCAGUGUUGCAAUUUGCAGGCAUAUUGAAUAUGGCAAAGUCCUUCUUGUGUGGUUUUGGCAUGUCCCUCUUCUUCUUGUGGCUGGAUCAGAGAUGGUUAAGGUAAUUCCCUUAAAAAAGAUCAUGUAUAAUCCAGAAUUUUUUCAAACUAUAGGUGUAUAUUCAUCUUGACGUCAUAUUGUCUACAUUUUAUUUUUAGCUCAUUUAGCAUAUAAGCUAAACGUUAGGUUAUGUAGCCAUAUAUUUAAACAAUGGGCUCAAAAAUUGAAAGAGCUGGUUUAUUUGAGCAGUUUGGGUAAGUUUCAGCUCUUUGCAAUCAAAAUGUAAACAGCUGUAAUCAAAAACUUCCUAAUUUCUGGGCAGCAAAACCAUGCAAAGCACACAUACAUUCUAAUUUGUACAUUAAAUUGGGGUUUUUUAAAGAGAAGUUCUCCAAUUAUUUUAUUAGCUUCAUCAGAGAUAAUGAUAAGCAUGCGCAUAUGUUAAUGAGGCAAAAAAUUGUUGACAAGGAUUCGUCUAGAUCUAUUGAUAGCACUGUAUAGGAUUUAUUAAACAGGGACCGCGCAGAGGGAGGGGCUGGGGGGGCUUUAGCCCCCCCGCUUUUUUGCAAGAAUAAAAAUAAAUUUAACAAAAAUAAUUUAACAAAAGUAACGGAGUGAAAAAUAGCAAAAAAUCGUUAAUUCGAAAGUGACCAGAGUUACUGGCAAAGACAAACGAGCAGAUAAAUAGACAGAAUGAAGCAUUAGUCGUUACAAUUGUAAAAUAUUUUUUCGCUUCUAACCUAGCAGAGGUAAACGUCUUUUAAAUGGCUUCUUUUUCCUGCGAACCUCUCAGGAAAACGCGUUGUUUCGUAUUGGUCAAUUUCGAUCCGAAGUAAUAACUGGGUUUAGUUUAGUGGGCGAUUCUCACACAUUAUGAGUUUCAACCUUGAUUUUUGGAAGAUCAUGAAGUUAUUGUUUCUCUUGUUAUUGUGCGUCCUGAUUUUAGCUCGAUCAGCGCGAAGUCCGUCUUUUUAUGUCAGGCUUCACGGCUCGUUGAGCAUUCCAAUUGCAAGUUUUGUUGAACGCGGUCUGUUUUUAAAAACAUUUUGUCAUCGAAAGUACUUAAACCGCAGAAUUGUGUAUAGCUCUGGUCAUCAAGGAACAUUCAAUCCGGCGGUUAUUACGAACAAAGAAGUGCAUGGUACACGGCAACAUAAAUACGAACGACGAGACUUCACAUACCACUAGUAAUGCAAAGAAGAGAUCUCUUAAAAUUUCUGAUUACUUUUCCAAACAAAAUGGAAAACCUUCUUUAUCUGGUGAGUAAACUCUCCAUAAUUUUUGCUACUUUUUUCUGAAUCUAUAAUUGAAUUUUAAUUCACUAAAUUAUUUUCAGUUACUGUUUUGUUUUGCCGUGUAAAUAUUUUGAAUGAAUAAUUAAACAAUUAUUGAACUCGGCUUUCGUAUGAUAUGAAGAUAUACAGAUCUCGGAGGGUGUUAUCCACCGGGCUCAGGCCUUAGGCUUUGGCGGAUAACCCCCUCGAUCUGCAUAACUCUUCAUAUCAUACUCAGCCUCGUGCAAUAAUUGCUCAGUAAUUAUACAGCCUUGAGUUCAAGGCAGCUCAAGCAAAAUCGUUGGAUUUCUGGCUUAUUUAUAGUAAUAAGAGGGUCUCAAUGGGGUGGUGGCUUUUACGGUUAUCGGCUAAAAUUUUGGCCCUUUUACGGCUAUCGGUUAAUUUUUUUCAGUUACGGUUAACAAAAAAGUUAAAAAUUAAUUUCUUUUGUUUCAAAAAGUUAAAUAUUAAUUAACCUGUAUUUUUUGUAUCUUUAAAGCAAAAUAAAGGCCUUCGGAUCAUCUCGGGAUAAAAUAAGCUAUUCUAUUGAAAAAUUUUCACAUUUGAUAGAUCAAUAUACUUUUAUAAAGUAUUCCACUUCUAAUAUUAUUUUACACAUAGAAAUGCCAACAGUAAGCAGACACGCGAACGCCCAACUCAAGGCCGGGGCGCGACAUUCCACACUAGAGACGGCUUAUUCGUGUGAGACGGGUUAUCCGUUUGAUGAUUCGCGUCAGAUAGGUAAUACGUCUCAAUUUGAAAAUGGAAUAGUUUUAAUAUUGAAAUGAACAAUCCCCCUGACUUUAUCCGUCAAUUUUGAAAGACGGAAGAUGGAUUAUCCGUUACAGGUAGCCUGUGUACAGCCGCAACCUCCCCGCAGAAAAAAUCGGAGAAGGGGUGUCUAAAGCUGUGGAGGAGGGGGCGACUGUACACAGGCUAGUCUGGAUAAUCCCUUUCUAGCUCUCGUGUGAAAAAGGCCAAUAACAAAAUUUCCGUGUCCAGUGUUUUUAAUGAUAGCGAAGGACUGUACAAAACGACUGCCUGUCGUUGCCUUGUCGGUAGACCUCAUUAUUCCGCGCGGCUAAUGCGUUUCUGGUCACGUGGUCCGAGCGAGUUCGCCACCGAAAUGCCUUGACCGAGAUUGCGUGGCAAGACGCCGUACAUGCAGGGACUAGGCAUGGCAAUGUCUACCGUAGCGUCAGAGAAAAACAGGAAAAUGUUGUUUAUCGGCAACGUGUUUUACAAACAGCUCUGCGUGUUGUUUCACUAGUGUUUCGAGAGCACGACGUUCUGAAAAUCGCAAAUAUUAAUUCCCAGGAAGAAGCCCCCUUUCGCUAUAGGAAAAAUUAGUUUCCCGAGAUAGCGGCGGAAAUGGAGCCUAGGUCUUGGUCAUUACCUAAAAGGCUUUUCGCCUAACGUGCGUACGGAGUCAAAGUAGCCGGAAAAUAAAAAACGCAACCAUAAGCGAGUUAAGCACCUCCCUUAAAAUUAACAAAUCUAGGGAACAAUUACUUUUACGGUUAACUCUUUUUUACCCAAUUUACGGCUAACGGUUAAAAUUUUUCAAUUUUUACGGCUAUCGACUAAAUUUUUGGCCGUUUUACGCCUAUCGGUUAACCCCAUUGAGACCCUCUAAUAAAAGGUUGAUAUCAGUAGUAUAACAUAACAAUCUAUGAUAUUUCAAUUUAGUGAUGGUGAAUUUUCAGACCCGAUAGCAACAUCACUGAAGAUGUGGAAAAAAUCAAUAGUUUUAUCGUUAUUCACAUUCUCCGUCACUUUAGAGAAAUUGAAUAGAAAUCCACAAGCAUGCCCCCCCCAAAAAAAUUUUCCUUCACGCAUUCUUCUUUAGCCCCCCCACUCGAAAACGUGCUGCGCGGUCCCUGUUAAACUGGCAUGCACUAAAAAGAUGCAUGGUCACUUUCCAAAUCAGUGUACAUUGUUAAAUGGUAUGUAUGUUAUUCUGAAUGGCUUUUGUACAUUGCACUUAAUUUUAAGACAGCAACCUGAAAAACUGUGAGGUAAAAAAAAAUGAAGUCGCAUUAUUAGAUUUUGUCAAUAAGAUGUUAAGCCAUGCCCAUAAGAUGCGGAUCAUGAAAGUCAAAUUACAGUCCUGGCCUUUUUUUAAGGAAUAAUGUUGCAAUUUUGGUCUAAAAUUACCCCAUAAAACUGUAAUUGCCAGGCUUUAUAAUUGUAGUGCUUUUUUUAUAUCGCAAUGCAAGGUUUUUCUAAGUACUCGUGCAACAGCUAGACUCUCGAAAUAGUUCCCCUGCAUUGGAGCAUACAACAGUUGAAUGCUUCAGGGUUAUAUAUGCUUCUGUUAUCACUAAUGGAAGGGUUUUAACUACCAACUGUCCCUGUCCCUGUCCCUGUUCCUGUUCUUAUGAUCACUUCCACUGUAAAAUUAAGUAGAAAAUGUAUACUGGUUAAAUAGCAGAUAUUGAUAACUGCUUUGUUUUUUUGUUUGUAAAGGAAAUUCUCAUUGUGAAGAAUCUUCCAAAAGACCCUCAGUCCUAUGAAAUUCUUAGCUACCUUUAUGGACAAAGGUAGAGUCAGACUGCAUGCUCAGUAAUAUCAGUUAUAGAUAAUGGAAUUAUGAUAAUUUCUCAUGACAUAAUGUUAUUUAUUCCCGUGAUAAGAAACUGACAGUGUUUUUAAAGUGAAAAUUGAGAAACUACUAAGUAAAAAUUGAAAAUGGAAUUAGUCACUGCUUUUUUUAAAUAACAGCUCAAAUAGCUACCAAACUUAAUACUAUGGGAUAACGUUUAUCUUGUUAACUGUUACCCUCUACCCUUUAUCAAUUCCCCUAAACCCCCACCUCCAUACACCCCAUUUUCUAGUUUUCUCUCACUCCCCCUCUCCCUCCUCUUUCCCCUUCAUAAUCACUCUCUUCCUCUUGAAAUAUUGUAGCCCUUUAUCCCAUUAUACAACCCAUAGUUUCCUCAAAAACCAUACCCAAUUCCAGACCAAAAUGAGCAAAAUCUAUACGGGUCGUUUUCAGACCGAAACAUCACAAAAACCAUACCCUUUGGGGCCGCACGUACCUAUAUUGCUUAUAUAAAGGAGACCCCCCCCCCCCCCCCCCCCCCCCCCCUCCCCUUCCUCCUCUUUCCUCCACCCCCCCCCCCCCCCCCCCCCCAUCUUCUUCUCCCUCUCUCACUUUUAUUUUUAUAAUAUAUUUAUUAUUAUAAAAAUAAAAAAAAAAAAUUAUUUAUUUUAAUUUUUUUUUUUUUUUUUUUGUGUUUGUUAUAUGUUGUAUUUUUUNCAAUGGGCAGAUCAGUGAGUUAGUGGUGAACCCUUCGUUAAACUGUGCAACUACAGUCUGACAUUUCUAUUUUUGAGCAAAGCGUUUUCUGAGUUUUUGAAACUUAGACAAUAUUAUUAUACUUUUUAACUAGAAGUAAACUCUGCAGUAAAAUCUGUACUGCACUAGACUGCCGUAUUAUGAAGUUUAUCCCAUUAUUAUAACCGCAACAAAAUUUCUUUCUUUGUUCAGCUAUAGUCAGCCCUGAUUUCAUAUUUCAUAAUUAUUAGGACAGUAUGUAGACUUUCUCAAAGUCCUUCGCCUCUCAUUUCCGGUUCCGGUAGUUUAGCUCUCGCUCUCCCGCUUGCUUUUGCCGCAGAAAACAUAAAAAAAUCUACCGCUCGCGCUUCGCGCUUGUGAAGUUUUGAGCUCGAUUUGUAGGCAAGUCUAGACAGCAUGUUUGUUAUUGGACAUGAAUUGCUCUCAGAAUUGACAGAAUUGGGUUCCUUUUUUUCACAUCUAGCAAAAGCCCUCGGCCGCGGACGAUCUUGCGUUAGUUGAAAUUAUUACAGCGAUUAAGGUGUUUCGAUACAGUUUUUCAGAGACCAGACCGAUAUUUUUCAAUCGCCUUAAAAGUGUUUUUUUCCUUGUCCGAUCGCUAUAAAGCUUUCACCAGUAAUUGGCUACGGAUUGAAAUUUUUGAAAAUGUAGUUUUAAGUAAAAUCGAUAUUACUAUGACAACAAUAAACAAAAAACUUUGAAACUGAUAAAAGCCGCAUUUUGUGUGAUCUAGACCAGCUACUGAAAAUCCAACACUAGGAAUUUAAAGUUUGGUGUUUAGCAAAUAAUCUCCGUGAGAAGUAAAAAAUUCUGUAUGUUUGAAUUCGACUAAAACGAAAAUAUAUUUCAAACCUUAACUUUUCAAUAGCCGUGAUAGAUUAUUUAAGAAAAACGUUAUAAAUGACUCAAAUUAUUUUUGAGUACGUAGCAUCAGAAUGCUGCUUAAUAUCAUAUUUUGAUGCUGGGAAAUUUUGGUGUAUUUUUGUUCUUGCGAUCUUGAAGACUAGCCCGUUUUCUCACCACCUGUAUAAGUGCAACUUCAUUCAAGAUGUGGUCUUUUAGCGCUUUUUUGUAUUUCUCUGAAACGACACGAACGAUUUUUUUGAAAAUCUCUUCACAUAAUCUUCAUAAUGUAUAUAAUAAUGUCUGAAACUUUCAUUAAGAUUGAUUCACUGCAACACCUUAAAACUUCAAGACAAACUUAUCCUACGAACCUGUCAAAAAUCUGCGUUACCAUGCACAUUCACUGCGUUGACGUUAUGCUAAUUUUCCCAAAAUAAUGCGCACUAUACAUACCUCCAUGACUAGUACAAUUUAGUUGAAUUUAUGGCAUUUUUAAUUUGAAUGUAAAACAUUAACAAUACUCACACUGAAAUGUACUAGUCAUGGAUAUAUGUAUUGUCCGCUUUAAUUUGCAAAAAUUAGCAUGACGUCAAAACAGUGAAUGUGGUAGCGAGGAUUUUUGACCGGUUAGUAGGAUAGGUUUGUCUUGAAAUUUCAAGGUGUUGCAGUGAAUCAAUCUCAAUGAAAGUUUCAGACGGUAUUAUAUAUAUUAUGAAGAUUAUGUGAAGAGAUUUUAAAAAAAAUUCGUUCGAGUCGUUUUAGAGAUAUUCAAAAAAACGCUAAAAGUCCAAAUUUUGAAUGAAGUUGCACUUAGACAGGUGGUGAGAAAACGGGUUAGUUUUUAAGAUCGCACGUACAAAAAUACACCAAAAUUUCCUAACAUCGAAACGUGACAUUAAGCAGUAUUCUGACGCUACUUGAGAAUAAUUUGAGUAAUGUAUAACGUUUUUAUUAAAUAAUCUAUCACGGCUAUUGAAAAUUUAAGGUUUGAAAUAUAUUUUCGUUUUAGUCGAAUUCAAACAUACAGAAUUUUUUCUUCUUACGGAGGUUAUUUGCUAAACACCAAACCUUAAGUUCCUAGUGUUGAAUUUUCAUUAGCUGGUCUAGAUCGCGCAAAAUUGGGCGUUUAUCAAUUUCAAAGUUUUUUGUUUAUUGUUGUCAUAGUAAUAUCGAUUUUACCAAAACCUACAUUUUGACAAAUUUCAAUCUAUAGCCAAUCAUUGGUGAAAAUUUUAUAGCGAUCAGACGAGGAUAAAAUCACUGUUAAAGCGAUUGAAAAAUAUCGGUAUGGCCUCUGAAAAACUAUAUCGAAAUACCUUAAUUAGUAACAAACUUCAUGUUGUCCAAUUCUGUCUAUUGUUACUGUCUUGAAAUUCUUAAACAACUUUGUUUUACAGUAAGCUUAAUAUAUUUUUUUGUUCGUUUAAGAUAUAUUCAACCUCAAAACAUGCGUUCCUCGAUCUAUGUUAUUAAACUUCCCGUCUUCAAAGCUGUUCCUUACUAAUUUCCGUAGGAUAUUAUGUUCUAUAACGUGUGAAAUGAGUGUAAAAUCUCUCGCCAUUUGCUCCAACCCUCAACUGCCAAAACAGCUGAGCAACCGCAUCGAUUACCCAUUGAUCAUCGGCAAUAAUCAAUGACUAAUCAACUGAUUACCCAUUGAUUACUCAUCGAUUACACAUUGAUGUAAUUGAUUUCAUUGAUGAGAUACGCCUGGUAUUCACCUCCAAACAGGCGAAGAGAAACAAAAUCUUUUCAAUUUUUAAAAGACUUGAACUGUACGUUUUCGUGGAUGAGAGAGUUUGGUUUAUUAAUUUCUGAUUAUUGAUUGAUCCUACCGGACCACUACAUUAGGAUCCAUUAGUAUAAUUACAUUGAUGAUUAUCGAAAAUAGAGCGCUAUGAUUGGCUAGGAGCUUCGCUUUAUUCCGCUAUAAUCACCGCGCGGUGAUUAUGACAUUGAAGGCUAGCAGUUUUCAAAAUGACAGCCAGAUUUUUUUAUGUUUCGGAGUCGGAAAUUGAUCAAUAAUUUUAUUUUCUCGAAUAAUCAUCAAUGUAAUUAUACUAAAACAAUUAGUCGCCUGAGGACUAAUUGUUAAUUAACAGAAGGUUUUAUCUAAUAGGCCACUUUCGAGUUCCAAAAACCCUCACUUUCAAAAAGAGGCUAGGUGCACAACCUUUUUUGUGAAAAUGAGUUUUAUUUACAUUAAAAUGACUGAAAUGGUUUCUAUAUCAAAGGCUGAGCACCUACCCUCGUUCUGAAACAGAGGCCCGGGGGAACUCGGAAGUGGCUCAUUAAACAAAUACCCCACCAGAGUUCCCACCAGAAAUUCCAGCUCAAAUUUAUCCUUUGGCUUUAAGAGACCUCCCACUCUAUUUCAUGGUUUCUCAAUGUCAUUCAUUCAGAUAACGUGGGUAUUUUCUGGAAAGAUUCGUUAUAUAUGCGCCCUUCUGAAGCACCUGACAUUUAUUGUUAACCCCCAACCUGAGUAUUAUUCAAAACAAACUUGUUUCCCAGGAGCUUGAAAGAUCUUAUGAGCUCUUUUAAUUCUACUGCUGACCUUCUGUUGGAUCAUCUGAGCACAAUGGCUGAUGGGAAGACACUGAUCUGCAUGGUAGAUGAGUUUGCCCGUGCAGCACUGGAUGUCAUUUGCAAGGUUAGUAAUACGGACACGACCGAGACUGCCGAGAAAUUUGAUUUUAGUUCUAAAAAAAUCUCUAUCACCUGCUCCCCUAGACUGCCAGCAAACUUUCUUAAAGGGGAGCGAGGAAGCGACAAGCAGCAAAGUCGCGAAGAGUAGGCAACGCGCUUCCAGAGGGGAAUUUUUAUAAUCCCCACUCUGAGUGUUAGCUUCUCGUGAGUAUAAGCCAACGCUAAAUCGGGCACGAGAGCCUGCUCGAACGCUACUUCUCCGCUUUUCAACCCUUUGGCCUUCCCUUCCUUCCUUUCUGCGCAUUUAUUCUGCAGGUUACUUCCUGUGUGUGACGUGGCCGAUUCCCCUACCCCUACCCCUCACCCACCCACCCACAACCUACCUCAUACGUAUCACGGCAUGUUAUCAUAAAUUUAAACACAGGUUGCUUUUGGAAUGGAAAUAGACGUCAUUAGUGGAAAAGACACCAAGUUUACUGAUGCUGUAUCUCUGAGUUUUCACGGAGUCGAGGAGGCCACAUUUGAUCUGUUCCACAAGGUAAUGCACCUAUGAUGAAUUUCCAUGACAAAUUGAAAAUGACAUCGUUAUACUGCAGUUACAAAAUGUUCUAUAGAAUUUACUGUCCAUAAAAUAGGCCAUUGUGCUCGUCAUAAUGAAGAAACUGCUUCAAAAGUGCUGUUUUGGGAACCCCAACAUAGGAGCAAAAGUUUCUGUCAAAUCUAACCUGGUCACCCAAAUCGAGAUAGACCAAGAACUACAUAAAUUGACACCAUCAAGGCAGACACUGGAUUGGACAACACUAAAGAAAUAAGAGAUACCAUGCGCGAUCAGGCCGGGUGGAAAGAUUUUGUCAGGAUGGCUUAGGAUGACUCGUAGCCUGCAAGCAAGCUUUCCAAUUAUGCGUGCGGCCCUCGCGUGACUUCGCGACUCCCCCAAAUGGAGAGCUUGCUUACUGCCUAGAUUAUUCGCGACCGAAGUAAGUAAAAUUGGCAAAUAAGGAAGGAAAGUAUGUCAGUCUAGUAAUGCUUAAAAUUAUUUGCCUUUACUUAACUCCCGUUUCACCAGUUUUCUUGCAGGCAUGUAUUCAUUUUUUAUUACUCUCUCCAUCUUUUUCAGUUCAAAGUAUUUCAGUUUCCCUUCCAGCGCCGCGUGGUCUCAUCUGUUAAGUUCUUGCGUGAAACUGCGAGAAAAGUGAUUGAAGUGAGAAAGAGUGCGAUGAAAAGAGGAGAACAAGUUCCAGAUGAUAUCUUACAGCGGAUUAUUGAACAAGGUUUGUUAACCCAUGCCGCUGAGUUAUUUUAUGCAGGCUUUGCGGGGAACCUUAUCCAACGUAUUGUCUCCAUUUAUUCAUUUCUUCAUUCAUUCAGUCACUCACUCACAGACUCACUCAUACAUUCAUUCAUUCAUUCUGCAUGUAUGAAUUCAUUUAUUCACUUAUUUGUUUUCAAUUCUCUCUUUUUAUUCUCUUCUUUCAUUCGACAAUAUUUUUUGAGACUGGAUUAUAUUGUUAUUGGGAAACUCUCCAGGCUUCUCAUAUAUUUAAAUGUUGGAUGUGCAGAUAACCCAUUACUUGCAUGUUUUUUUUUUUUCAUGGAAUUUUAAGGAACCGAUGAACAAUAAUUUGCAAUAAUAAACCUACUUAUAUUUUAAAAUCAUAUUCUUUAUUUAUUUCAAUCACAGAAAAAAUUCCUGGGGUUGGAAUUGAAGAAAUGUUAGAUGACUUUGUUACGUUCUUCAUUGCCGGUGAGAAAAAUACUUUAUAGAGACUUAGGCCCAAUCCACACACACUAAUGCCAAUUCGUUUGAAAACGCAUAUAGUUCGAUGCGUCUAGGCCUUUCGUCCAAACUAAUAGUAAUACGCUGAGCGUUUUCAUCGUACAGGCAUCGAUUUGAAAACGCUUUUGAAAGGAUAUCAAAACGAAAAAGCAUACAUACCUUAUUAGUGUGGGCUGUUGAAAACUGUCGAAAACCCAUUAAAAUGAAAGCGAUGACCAAGAAUAUCGCAGAAGCGUGUGUUUGUAGCAUGCGCAUAGAGUUCAACUAACGUUAAGAAUCUAACAUCAAAACAUAUAUUCAUGACCAGGCCGGAGAAACAGUACUUUUCUUUUUGACCUGAGCCGAUAACUGAUCAGCGGAUAACGUUAAAAAACACGUUACCUCAAUAAGUUCUACAGCUGAGCCCGCGAAACAGCCAUGUGACACUAAUCAGCGGAUACCCUUUUGACAGCUCCCAGCUUGGACUCCUAGCUAGCGAGUGUGUCAUUUCACAUCCGCUAACACAAUUGCGGAAAGCGUGCGGACGGACUGAUAGACGAUUUUGUCCGAACCAAAAUUUCUUGGAUGCGUAGAUAACCAAGUUUUGUUACCCAUGGUGCUCCCGUGUGCGCGCUUCGCGGGCCUGUUCGGAAGUGUUUUUUCUGUCUUUUUUUUAUUGCAACUCUGAAAGUGAAACCCUGUGAAAAGAAGCGUUUAAACGGCAUUACGGUGUUGAAUUUCGAAUUUCAGGUCAUGAAACUACAUCUAAUAUGCUGGCGUUUUGUGUUCUGGACCUUGCGGAUCAUCCUGAUAUUUUAGACAGGUAGUAUUGAAAAAACCCAUACAUUUUUUUAGGCAUCAUUUGGCUUUUCUCUUCUUGUCUUUGAUGUUCCGGAGGGAACUCCGGUUAAUUUAGAAUAAAGGUAUGUAACGUGAAGGAAAGAAAAGCGAAAAAUUGACACUAUUUUUUAAGAACCAAAACCAUUUACCUCAAAAAAGUUUUGGUUUUACUGCUUUCAUAUGUUUGUAGUGCUUUAAUGGCCGCCUAGAUCCUGCAAUUAAGCUAUCACAACACCCUGAAGUUAAAAACAAGCAAUAUACCCUAUCCAACGCCACAUGCUAUAUCAGAGAUAUCCCCUCUGGAUUUGGUGUAUGCUGCUCGCAUUAAGUGGUCAAACACGGUUGUUUUUGUCUUGUUUUGUUUCGUUUUUUUUUCUCGUAUGAGCUACGUUACUUUUCAUGUUAAUGUGGCUCUGUGAAGUAAUGUUUUAUAUAUAUAUAUAUAUAUAUAUAUAUAUAUAUAUAUAUAUAUAUAUAUAUAUAAAUGAUUUAUUCAUUUGCUGUUCGUCUUGCUUAAAUCCCUAGUAGGAUUUUCUUGUUUUCUUUCCUCCAGGCUAGGAGUAAAAAAAAUUAACACGCGCUUUUUUGCAGUUUAGUAGGAGAGAUUUUUGAUGUCCUUGGCGAUAAAAAACAUGUUGCCUUCGAUGAUCUGGCCAAAUUACAUCAGCAUGGACUGGUAAAGUGUUUUAAUUCAAUAUAAAUCCAUUUUUAAAUUUGUAUUAAAAUACUAUUUUGGCAUCAUUAACAUCUGUGUCCCGGGAAGGGGGGAACUCCGCAUAUGAAAGUGGUGGGGAUGCUCGUCGUCUCGCUGAGGGGUGUAAAUUUCGGAUUUUGGUCUCACUUAGGGUGUUCUGGGCAAAACGCCAUCAUAUUCAGCCGUGAAGGUCUCGUUUAGGGUUGCACGCGAAAAAAUAUAAAAAUAUACCCUAUAACGUGGUCUCUUUUAGGAGACAAAAAAAGCUUGAUCCACGCCCAGAGAGGUCUCCUUUAGGAGUUUAGUUCAAAAUUUCCGACGAGCAUCCCCACCCCUUUCAUAUGCGGAGUUCCCCCCCCCCCCCGGCCCAUUCACGGCUGAAUAUGAUGGCGUUUUGCCCAGAACACCCUAAGUGAGACCAAAAUCCGAAAUUUACACCCCUCAGCGAGACGACGAGCAUCCCCACCACUUUCAUAUGCGGAGUUCCCCCCCCCCGGGUCUGUGUCUCCUUAUUGGCCAUUUCCGAGUAGCCCCAAGCCUCCGUUUUAUUGAUAUGAAAAUUUUUUUUUUUUAUUUUCAUGCAUACAAAACUCGUAAGGUUUUGUACUAAGCCUCAUUUUGAAAGUGAGAGUUUUGGAACUCAGAAAUGGCCUAAUCUAACACAAGUAAUUUCGUAGGGUAGAAGCCCAGAGGUUAUGGGCUCCUGCGUAGAGUUAUUAGUUGGCCUGCAAAAAUAGCCAUCUCUCCUGGCUCCUCGCCGCGAAACGUCCCUAGCGGCGAGGAGAGAGAAGAAAGAUGGUUGUUUUCGCAGGCUAGUUGUUAGAUAAUACAAAAUAUUACGUUAAGGGGACACGGUUCCAGAGAUGUGUUGCAGGGACAAUUUAUCACAUAUGCUAUAAAUAUUCGUCUAUACUCUUGUGCAGUAUGUAAUGAAAUCAGUAGUUAAGUAACGCAAAAGCCGGGGACCAGAUCCUAGUAACAUUUCUUGUGUUAUGCGAACAUUAUGAUAUUUUCCUGUUUCAUGCCCAUGGCUAAUAUGGGAAGCAAGCUCAGGGAAAGGGAAAUAAAAACUGGUGACAAAACCUAAAUUGAACUCUAUCCCUAUCGGUAACCCCAUUAACCUUCUUUGUUGUGUUCCCUUUUUUCAUUUUACCGUUCCCUUAGUUCCUUCCCUGUUCCCUUUCUUAGCAGCAUUCUUUUGUACUACACCGUUUUCAUUAAUUGCUAUUAUAACAAUAACAGCAAAACGAUACAAAAGACCCCUGGAGCCAGUGUAUAAGCCUUUAUGAAUAGAGAUCUGACCCAGUUUCAAUGGUAGAGCGGAUGGGAGGGCAAGCGAAGUCUUUCCUGUUCCGUGCUUCUUUCCUGGAUCGCCUCCCCCGCGAUUUUAUGCUUCUGUGAUUGGCGCCCGCUUGCGGACAAGGCCAACUUUAAGUAGGCAAGCGCUCCGUAAUAUUACUUAUUACGUCAUGGAUACCGUGUUUGACCGUGUACUGUUACAUUGUGAUUUUACAGGUUUUAAAAGAAACGUUGCGCCGCCAUCCCACAGCAACUGGAACCUUAAGACGGACCAACAAAGAAAUGGAAAUCGGAGGAUACAAAAUACCCGCUAACGUCUCCGUUAUGGUACAAGUCUCUCUCUUCUGUCUAAAGCAAGCGAGACUAACUAAACGAAUCAUGAAGCGUGGGAGUGUGCAUUGUGAUUGGUUUAUCCUUCCGCCUCUGCUUCUGACUCCAACAAUUUGGUUCACGGGAUCGUGAGCGACGGAGUCAUAAGCGGAAUCGGAAGAAAAUGGAAACGUUCAGAUUCUUUCGACUACGAUUCUGUCGUGCGCAAUUUUUAAUCUAUUUUCAGGUCAGUACAUCAAGGCCUUGGUCUGAGAUUUCCCUGUAGUGACCUCACUUUUGGUUUAUUAGUAGCUAUUAGUUGUACAGUCAGCUCUCUUUAAAACGGACAACUUUGGGACCGGCACCAAGUGUCCGUCAUAGUGUCCGUUUUAUAGGAAGUCAAAUAAAGGGGUAAAGAAAGGCACGGACCAACUCUAGCUGUCCGUUUUACAGAGGUGUCUGUCCUAUAUAGGUGUCCUUUAAGAGAGAAUCCACUGUAUAUACAUUAACUUGAUGGUGGUUUAUUGAUGUUUCUUCAUUGUGCGAGCCUUAAUGACAUUAGAGAGCUUAAGCAAUCAAGAAGGCGACGGCAACGAGAACGGAAAAAGCGGCGAUAGGUUCAGUUUAACAAGGCAACAACUUUGCACGUCCGUCACGAUACAUUUCUUUGCCGUCGUUACAGGACUACUACAUGAAACUUCACGUGAACACAAGACAACCAGUUUCGUUUGCUAUUCCUGAACUUAGAAACAAACAGGCCUUCAAAAUUCUAUCCCAGAAAUAUUGACAAAGUGCAAUAAGAGCGAUGAACUUUGAAAUACCUCGAAUUCACUUUUUAUUUAGUGAUGUUUUCGUCGACCUCGCCGUCUUGGUUGCCUAACCUCCCUAACACAGCACGGAUAUGGUGACAUUCAGUAUAAAAUUGUUUUGUCUGCAGACAAGCACUUACGUGUCCAGUCAUUUUCCUGAGUACUGGAACAAACCAGAAGAGUACAAUCCUUACAGAUUUGAAGAUGAAGAACUUUUAAAGAGGUGUGUUCAGACUGCUGAUAUUUUGCUUUAAAACUUUAAGGCGUUAAUACUCACCGGCCUGUCUGCACUUAAUUCUGAAUUGACUCAAAUAGAAGCUAUUUUUGUUUGCUGUUAUGCUCUUUUUGGGGGAAGGCAACUGAGAAUAAAAGCAAGUCGAAUUCAUGUGCGAGUUGCAUUGGUAAAGGAGUUUGUCGUUUUAUGGUAACACUUACUCCAUGUCAAUCACUUCUAAACCUUCACCGGCGCAAAGAAAACGUUGUAUGUACGGGGUCAGAAGGCUUUGUCCGUAGUAUUUACAGCAAACGGCGGAAGAUGCAAAAUGGUGUGGUGGAAGCUAUCCAAAAACAGUGUAUACAGGUUAUGUCAGGAAAUCUCGUCUUCAAGGCCUGACUGUCCAGUUCAUUUUAUUAAUUUUGCCAAUUACGCUUCCGACCGCGCUAUGAAAGUUGACGUUAGUGAAGAAAUCACUUGUAAACGACAAAAUCAGUCACAGCUUCUUAUUCUUUCCCACUGACAAAAAUGCCUCCCAAGCGGUAUAUCAAACGUUACAAACAACAAAAAUGAACUUUGAAAAACCGUUAGGCUAACAAGUUUUCAAAAAUGCACAAUUUUAAUCUGUUUUAAUCUCCUUCAUUAUUGUCCAUCCGUUCCUUCUUUUGUAUUUGCUGUGAUGAGCCAUAUAUAGCACAUUUUAGGUGUUUAAACUAUAUCAGAUAGCUUGUCGUGUCGGCACCAAAAGUUAUCCGGUGCGGUAUGAACACAGCCUUUAUAUUCUAUCACAUUCUUCUAUUGACCGUCCUCUUUCGGAACUUUCAUUAACAAAAAUAAUAUCUCCGUGUUUUAUUUUGUAGGUCGCACUAUAACUACUUUCCGUUUUCACUUGGACCGCGAAACUGCAUCGGACAAAACUUUGCUCAGGUACAUGUCUACUCUUUAAAAACGGUAUCUGUUUGAAUCGUGCCAAUAGAGAGACUGGGUACCAGCGUAUUAACACUUACAUCAUUUGUGCUUUUGACACCAGAUUGAGGCCAAGGUUCUGUUGUCACGCUUUCUUCAGACGUUCAAGUUUUCGCUGGUGCCUGGACAGUCACGCGAUGUUCUUGAAAGAGUGACUCUUCGACCCAAAGACGGUGUCAUGUGUACCUUGACAAAGCGGAAUUAAGAAAACUAGUCCGUAGGAUUAAGCAGUUCCAUAUUUACUUGUCCUCGCCUCUUAUCGUUUAGUACUGAAACCUGUUCUAAGCUCUCAGUACGUAGAGAAAACAAGUGAAAAUUCAACCCUUUUUCGUCUAAAAAAACACCAUAAAAGCACAAGCAAUGAUUAACCUUCUCCACUAUAAAGAGUCUUAAAACCAACAACAUUAGAAAACGGCCCAACCAAGAAUGCAUUGUAGUUAUAACCGGCCCGUAUCUCAGUGGGUGUGAUUAUACAACACUUACAUUCCAUGAACGGUUUUGCAGUGAUCUACAGAAGAAGAUCUUUUUAAACAGCAAAAAAGGUCAAAUGCGCGUUUAGUUUUUCAUAACUCGUAGCAGCUGUGAAAGAGUUUGGAACGGGCCAUCUGUACCUCGUCGAACCUCCUUUGACAUUUGUGAUCCGAAUAGUAAAGUCUGGCAUUGCAAUAGUUUGAGAAUAACUACAAGUAGAGCUAUUUUUAAAACAUUUUGUUCCAUAGUUUAAGGUAGGUUAGUGUUUUGCAUUGCAGAGUAGUUGGAUUAUAUAUUCAUGAAUAACGGUGUAUUGUAGGAAUGUAGAGUUAAUACAGACGCCUGUAUAAGUGGCGGAGAUGUUACUAACCGGUUGAUAUUCUCAGUGUUCUCCUGUGUACCAAACACACCACAAGUAGAUAUCAGAUUGGCAAAUUAGAUCUCAAAGGUAGAUUCCAAGCGCGUUUUUGACGUCUAAGUAUCGAUUGGCUAUAUUUUGUUUUGCUGCCUAGAUGGAUUGAGAGUGCGUGAAAUUUUUAUUCUAGAUCACUUAGUAUAUGUAAGAGAUGACUUGUUCCAUGUAUCAAGAUCAAGUGUCAAAAUUGAAUACGAAUUGAAGACUGGCAGCUCUGAAGAAAAUUGUUCAAAGUAUAAACUAACGCAGUUAUAUAUAUGGGCCUUUUCCCCCGUUGCAGGACCCCCUCUUUUGUAGAUGUAGAAAACGUAGGGGUUUAAGUCAGUUUUGCUGGUGUUAUCAUCAGUAUCUUCUAUAAUUACCCCGCCACUGCACUGAUUUUCAAACUCCUCCACAGGGUUUUUCCUAGGAAAUGGGAGGAAAAGCCGUGAGGUCGAGUUUGAUUGCGGAUUCUUAGACUGUUCUUAAUUCUCCAGGUCUACCAGCAUUCAGGCGUUUUUGUAAUUUUUUGCCACCGUGAAAGUCGGCUCACGCGCGCAAAAAAAAAUCAAAAUAAGAAAAGAUCAUUCGCAGAUUAGUGUUGAGAACGGUGUGGGUGUUUAUCCUUCACUAAAAAUUUCGGAAAUUUUCUAUGGGAACGUAAAUGGAUCACGCUUUCAUAAACAUUCCAGAGGUGGACAAUUUCCGUCCGAGAUUAAUGGGAUCGUUUUUUAAGUGGGUGUCACGUUUUUUGCAUUUGAGACCAUUUUUGAUGACCCAAGUGAAACUCAUCGGAAAGGGAUAUAAACGGGCAACCAACUCCCAUUACCGUAAGAGUUCCAAAAACGAUUCCCGCUUCUUUUUCCUGGCCAAUCAGGAGCGGGGAAUUCAUAUACAAAUGGAACUGGUUCCUAUAAAAUCUGAGGCGAUUUUUAUCCGGAUCCCAAUUGUCCUCCUCAGGGUCUCCGAUGAUGAAUAAGGACUUUCCUAAUAGAUCUUCAUAUUCCGGCCUUGUAGCUCAAGGCCCUCUGCUGGCUUUCACGGCCGUGCCUUAGCAGUUGAAUUGAAAGUGUUCCUCGCAAACGAUAAUUGUUAACCGAAAAGGGGGCAACGAGUUAACGUCAUUUAGUCCUUUCGUGUUAUUCCUACUAAAGUCUUCCUUACAUUGCCGGGUCGAGGUUGAUACAAGGUUUAGCCAUCUAGAGUUUAAUUUCAGUUUAUCAAAGGCACAUGCUUCAUUUUCCAUCGUUCAUUUUCAUCAGAGCAGUAAAUUUUAGCCGCAUCUUAACAGGUGUUUAUAGAUGAAAGAAUGGAUAGAACUAUCUGAUAGAGACAUCUGUUGACAAUUAACAAGAUGGUCGCGAAUGGAUACCGGUUCUAUCUCUUGGCUAGAAGUUUUGUUUACUUGCUAUUUACGUCUAUUUUGAGAAUUUUGUCAACGGCUCUAUAAAUAAAAUUAUUAAUAUAAAUCAGGAACAGGCGUUUAGCUGAUGACAUAGUAAAAGAAAAAGACAUGAUAGAUUUUUGAUUUUAUGAUGGCUGAACUCAUUGAUAAUAAAGUUAUAUCCACU